ACUUGAAUUUAGACACUCAACUUAACAGUUUGGUUUCAAUUCGUUCGAGAAAUGUGUUCCGGUAAAGUAAAAGCAUUAUUGGUCGUGUUUAGCAUGGUCAUGCUGGUGGAUUCGCUCACGAUUCAAGAGCUACGGCUGGCGAUCCUUAAACAGCGUCUAGCUGCACGUUACGGGACAACAACGACAACGGCAGCAGCAACGACAACAACGGCUGCAGCAACAACAACUGAAGGGAGUACUACCGAGUCCAAAUCAACAACAACAACCACAGAGAGCGAAACUGAAGCGGCUACAACAUCCACCACUGUUGCAGCAUCCGACGGCACUACGACAACUGCUGCAACCACCACGGCCAGUGAAGCUGAGCUCAGGGCUCAAUACCGCGAUCAGGUUCGCCAGCAAGCGAUACAGAAAGUCUUGGAGCGAGCACAGGGUUGACAGUUUAGAUGGUUUCGAUCAGUUCUCACAUAAAGUUAUACUAAAUUCGAUUGGUUUUUUUCUUUCGUGACACGGUUUGAUAAAUGAAUGUGAAUCCCCUGAAAAUCGGAACGGUAGCUAAACGUGCCCUGGAGCGGGACCUUGUGCGAGGCUCAGUAGCGCCCAUCCUGGCAACUUGUAGCGCAAAUUGAAUGCCGAACCAAACCAAGACGCAAGAAUAAAUCGUAUCGUUCAUCCUCGUCUAAGGAAGUCGGCCAACGAAGCGGUCGGUUAGCGCUCUCGUUGCGGUGUGUAAAAAUGGUCCCAUGGAAACGAUUAUGAAGCAAACAAUAAACCCUUCCAGUGUCCCUUAUUGCGCCUCCUUUCUUUCGAGUGAGCGGGAACGGACAACCGCAGAUAAAAAAGAAUACACCGAUCGACCGGUGACUGGCGCUGCGGAAAGCGGUCCGGGCGCAGUGCAGGCAAUAAAACACACCGAAGUGAAUUUUAAUGAAUAUUAUUUAUGCGCGCUGUUUUUAUUUAUAUACAUUUUAAACACGGAAAUCAACA